GCACACCAGGAAGUGGGGUUAAAAAUUUCUCUACACAAAUUAGCACAGAGAGAAAGAGAGAGAGAGAGAGAGAGGAAACGCGGAAUAGUUUGGACUUUUUAACAUUUAUUUUACGUUAUUAGUUUUCUACCGAGACUCCACGGAAGGAAGCGGAGACUCCUUACUUUAUCAUUCUGCACGUUUCUGAGGAAGGUCUGAUUCUGAAAGAUGGACCCGACGCUCGCUGAAAUGGGGAAUCACCUCUCUGACGCCAUGAAGAUUUUGGAGAGUGGCCAGCUAGAGACGGCGCAGGACGCAGAGAGACGGCGACUCAGCUGGAGAGACAUUCCAGGACCUUUACAGGGAGACGGACAGAAUUUUGUGACCAUACUGCAGCUCGUUCAGAACCUCAUGCAUGAUGACGAGGACAAGCAGGGACACCGCAGGAUGCAGUGUGUUGGAGAGCAGGGUCACAUGGCUUUACUGGGUCACAGCCUGGCUGCUUACAUCUCCAUCCUGGAUAAACAACGUGUGAGAAAACUGACCACACGCAUCCUCUCAGACACCACACUCUGGCUCUGCAGACUCUUCAGGUAUGAGAACGGCUCGGCGUAUUACCAUGAGGACGAGCGAGACGGGCUGCUGAAGGUGUGUCGGCUGGUCAUUCACACUCGCUAUGAUGAUUACGGUACAGAGGGCUUCAGUGUGUUCAGCGUCAGAGCUCCGGUCAUUUACCUGAGUGCAGCGUGCAGGUCGGGACUGGGAGAACACCUGUGUACCCAGCUGGGUCUGCCUCUGUCCAGCGUCUGCACCGUGCCAUGCAACACCAUGUUCGGCUCUCAGCACCAAAUGGACGUGGCCUUGCUGGACAAGCUCAUCAAAGAGGACAUUGAGGCCGGGAAGCUUCCUCUGCUUUUAGUAGCAAACGCUGGGACUCCUGGUGCGGGUCAUACAGACAAACUGAGUCGUCUGAAAGAGUUGUGUGCUCAGUACAGCGUGUGGCUCCAUGUGGAGGGUGUCAACCUGGCAACCCUGGUGCUUGGUAACGUCUCGUCUGCAGUCACGGCGGCCACUAAGAGUGACAGUAUGACGUUGACUCCUGGCCCGUGGCUCGGACUGCCGGCUGUUCCUGCUGCGACUCUUUACAGACACGAGGAUCCUGCACUGUCUUUAGCAGCAGGUCUCACUUCCAGUCAUCCAGUGGAGAAACUUCGAGCUCUUCCUCUCUGGCUGUCGUUGCAAUAUCUUGGACAUGAUGGGAUUGUAGAGAAGAUCCAACAUGCUUCGCAGCUUAGUCAGCAGCUUCUGGCGCAGCUGAAGACACUGGCCUCCAUAAAGACAUCGGGGGCUGUGUCUCAUUCGCGGGUGCCGCCUCUCUCCGCGGCCUCACUGAGGGACGUGCUGGGCUCUCUCAUACUCUCUAUUGUCGAGGAUGAGCUCAGUUCUCCAGUGGUCGUGUUCAGGUUCUCUCAAGAUACAAGUUCAGCGUCGAGCGGCGGGUCAGCGGAGGGAUACAGUGGAGGAGACAGAGAUGUACAGGACUCUCUAAACAGAUGGCUGGGUGAGCAGUUAGCGCUGCUGGUCCCUGAGUGUGGUGUUGAUGUGGUUGAGCUGGAGGAUGAAGGCGUGUGUGUUCGCUUUAACCCUCUAAUGACUGCUGCAGCUUUGGGCACACAGCAGGCAGAUGUAGCAGCUUUGGCAGACAAGUUAGCAGAGAUGAUCCCUGUGUUGAGCUCUACGCUGCGUUUGAGGCACGAUUUCCGAGAGGAAGUUCUCCAAUACGCAGUGCUGACGUACAUCGAGGAUUUGAGCUGGGCCGGACUCGGAGCUGUGAGGUAUGAGCCGAAGAGGACGGACGUCGAUGAAGAGAAGAGACAGGUAGAAGUGGAGAAGGUCAACGCUGAGCUGCUGAAGAAACUGAAGGAACUGGACACAGAGCUGGAGUUCUCAACAGGGCCUGAAUUCGGUGAGGAGAAGGACUGUAUAUUCAUCGGGAUGGUGUCGGAAGACCUGGACGUUUCAGUGUUGGUUGAAACCAUUGUGUCGACGGGGAGAGAGAUCGAGGAGAGCGGGAAGCUGUUAGAGAACAUGACGGAGGUAGUGAGGAAGGGAAUCCUGGAGGCCGAGCAGCAGCUUCAGAAAGCUGCUGAGGAGAAACUCUUGGAGGAGGGAGUGCUGCGGCAGAUUCCUCUGGUCAGCUCCAUGCUCAACUGGUUGUCUCCGAUUCAGAGCUCGGUGAAAGGCAGGACAUUCGAUCUGGCAGCAGGUUCCUUGGACAGCACUGAGCCUGUUUACUCUAUGAAGGCUCAGACAGUUAAAGAAGCUUCACCUGAAACACCCACAUCAACGGCCAAACGGCUUGCAGGACAAAAGCUGUUCCGACGCUCCCCUGAAAGUUCAGAGCCGUGCAGUGAGACCAGCUCUGUCUGCCACCUCAACGAGUCUCUAAAAGAGGCGGAAGUUCCUCAGCCUCUCUCGGGCAAGACAGAGACACCUCUGGAGCUCACACAGGAAGUAGAGCCGUCGGAUCAACGCGUUCCCGAGGGCCAGGAGGAAUCCGACUCGAUCAGAUAGAACCAUCAAAUCCAUCAGCGACGCCAAAGCGGCUGUACACUGUGAAGUGCGCAACCUCGAUGCCUUGACCAAGUCAGACUAGGGCUGCGUUCCAAUACUGUUAGUAACACUUGCUCGUCCACUUCCCCUGUUUCUCUACCCUGCUACUAUCUUAAGGAGUUCUGUUCCUUUAUUAUCUGGAAUGAAGGGGGUUAAACGAUAGACGUCAAGGAGCACAAGUUACCCAGAAAGCAUUGCGGUAUGUGGUCUGAUGCACUUUCCUUUCGAAAUUGAGGAUGAAGGAGCAAUAAAAUACAUAAUGGCAGUAAUUCCAGCUGCAUCGUAGUCAUUGUGGUUACCUGAAAGGAAUCCAAACCCGUACACACUCCUCCGACGAGUGUGUGUUAGAACAGUAUUGGAACGCAGGACAGGAAGUAAAGGUUUGUUCUAGAAGUGUAACCACUGGAACAACUGGAAAAUUUCAUCAGUGUGCGUCGUAUCACACACUUACUUUACUCUCCGUUCUAUUAAUAACCGUCCGUUUCUGUGUUUUGGUGAAUAUUCACUGUUCUGGUUGUGUGACACUCCAUCAGUAUGCGCACUGCCACAAAGCGGCAUUUUUUUUAUUCGUUAGAGAUUUCGUUUACAUCAUAUAUUAUGUUUUGUUCACUGUAGAUGGUGGGUUGAGUUUCUAUAUAUUUGUUUUCAGUCACACUUUUAUAUUUGUAUCACUUAAAGGAGCAGUUCUGCCAAAAAUGAAGUGUACUCAAUGUCCCUUGUACCCCACACCCCACACACACACACACACACACACACACACACACACACACACACACACACAUACACACCCCCAUGAGGCUAAAGUGUGCUAAAAAGUAAGGUAGAAGGCAAGGCCUAAAGUUUUCUGCACAUAAUCUAAGGAGAAUAAUAACUAUAUUAAAAAGCCAUGUUGUUAUUCACCAUUGAUUUGGUGAAGUUUUCUGUAAGGAAACAUUUACGGAAAGGAGUCUCCAGCGUCAGCUCUCUAUAACGGGAAAGUCUUACAGAGGAGGUUACAAUUUUUGCGAUUUCUCGGUAACAGGACAAGUCACAAUUUUUUUUUGUCUUAUUAACUUCAAGAGAGAGAAAAAGAGAGGCUGGUGAGGGAAUAUAACAUUUAUAGCUGCUGUAACAUAAGUGAGAACAGGAACUAAUUGUUUUCUUGAUGUUUCACAGCAUUAAAUGCAACUAUAAACAGUUAAAAAAAGCAAAACAUGUCGUUCAUUAAUAAGUUAUGAUUAAUAAUCAUAGGCGAUUUGACUAGAUUUGGGGUAUAAAGAACAUUUUGUACAUUUAAUUUUCUAUGAACUACUGCUUUAAAGGCUUGUGUGGUGUUUCUUUGCCAAAAAAGGGGGCAGGUUUGGUUUUUUUUGUUUGUUUGUUUUUUGUUUUUUUUUUGUUUUUUGUGUAGCCUGAGGCUCAUGAUUACUUAAAGUGAAGUUGAAUAUAAUGCUAUUAAUAAUCAGUUUAAAGCCUUAUUGCACUUUUUUUGUACAUAAUUUAAUCAGAAUAAUCUUUAUUUAUUCUACUGAUUGAUAUUUGGAAAGACUUUUCAAACCCCAAAUCAGAAUCCUUAACGUCCGAUCCUUUGGAAGGUUCUAGGAUCUGCGGCCGUUCUUUUACACUCACUGUAACGGAAGAACUUGUGGGAUUUGUUUGUCUUAAAAUGGGAAAUUUAACGUGUGUGUUAAGGUUUACUGUAAAAUGGCCCAAUUGUUUGCGAUCAUGUUAUUUACACUGGUGAUUUUUUAUUUUUUAUUUUUUUUUGCUCCAUCACCACAAAGCCACUGAUGAAGUUGUUCCCUUCUGUCGGCUCGUAACGUGUAAUCCUUCACGCUCACUAAUAAGAGCAUCUAAAUAUCGUAUGAAGUAUGAACACAUGAAUCUCUUUUCACCAAUAGACAAAUGAUCAACUCUAGAUGAUGAUCACACCUGUCGAUUUUUCACAUAAAACACAUUUACACAUUUAUUUGUUGAUGACUAAUGUAAAUUAGUGCAGUGAUUUCUUGAAGGCUAAUGUAAAUUAUGACUGGAUGAUCUUUCAAAGCAGCUACACUUGUCUUAAUUUGGUGCAAUAAAUUUACUGGUAGUUGUUUUUUUUUUUCCUUUCUUUCUUUCUUUCUUUCAUGUUGCAGAACAAAUUUAGUGAUACGAGCAGAUUAGAUUAGUUUUUAUAAUCACAUAAGCUUUUCCAGAAAAGCAAGUCUGUAAAUUAUAAUAAAGAUUAUGAUGCCAAGCAAAA